GUAUCAAACCGCCCCAACCACAGGCUACAAAGAUACCACCGCGAUCAAUUUUGGCUUCACUUUCACCUCAUCUCCAUCAUUGUCUUCAGAGCAAUCAUCAAAAAUGUCGUCAGCAACUGACACCCUUGUACCCGUCCAAAACCAAACCUUCUCCGAUUCUCCUCGAGGAGGCCGCAGGGGGCGAGGCAGAGGAAACAGAGGGGGUAGGGGUGGUCGUAGCAAUGAGGAUAGGGUCAGCAACACGCCGGACGGUGAAUCUCGCAGGUUUAGAAGGGGAGGAAGGAAUGGAAGAAUUGGACGUCAGCCUCAGCGAGACUUAGGUCAAUCAGUUGACAGACAAGCUCAAGCGGAUCUUAUCCGAACCUCAAUGACGGCUAGAGGGGAGGUUAGGCCAGAUGCAGAUGAUGCUGCUUCAGACCCUGAUUCCUCUAUUUGCUUCAUCUGUGCGGACCCGGUGAAGUAUUCUUCCAUUGCACCCUGUAACCAUGUUACCUGCCACAUAUGUGCACUUCGGAUGAGGGCUUUGUACAAGAACAAAGCGUGCGCUCAUUGUAGAGUAAGCGUUCAACUUUCGCAUCCUGCUAGAUUGGUCUUAGUCUAAUGUCUCUGUAGACUGAAUCGGAAUGGGUCAUCUUCUCCAACACAGAGAGCAAAAAGUUCCAGGAAUUCAAUGAUGAGGAAAUCGUCGAUAGGAAUGAUGCUCUAGGAGUUAAAUUCGAGAAUCAGACUAUCCUAGAUGAGACAACAUUGCUAUUGCGCUAUAAUUGCCCCGAUUCCAGCUGUGAUCACGCCUGUCGAGGAUGGGUAGACCUCCACCGUCACGUUAGGGCAGCGCAUAAACGUGUUUUAUGGUACCCCGAACCCUCCACUCGUCUUAUACGUGCACUAACAAACCGCAGUGGCCUUUGCUCCCAGAACAAGAAAGUCUUUACGCACGAACAUACACUUUUCACCACACAAGAGCUCCACAAGCACGAACAUGUAGGAGACGACCAGCCCGGCAGUGAGAACCAAAGCGGCUUCAAAGGCCAUCCGGAAUGUGACUUUUGUCGUCAGCGUUUCUACUCUUCAGACGAACUCUAUAUACAUUGCAGAGAGAGCCACGAACGCUGCUUUCUCUGCGAUCGCACAAAUCUCGGUACCCAGCAGCAAUACUACGUCAAUUACGAUUCGUUAGUAGCCCAUUUCACAGAAGACCAUUUUAUGUGCGGGGAGCAGGAGUGUCUAGAUAAAAAGUUCGUCGUCUUCGAUAGCGAGAUGGACUUAAAGGCUCACCAACUCGAAGUCCACCCUAGCCUAUUCUCAAAAGGCGCACUACGGGAUGCAAGGAGAAUAGAUAUGAGAACACUAGAAGACAGGUCAUACCACAGCCAAAACCGCCGGGGCGGCGGCCAUGGUCGCGGUAGGAUGGAAAUCGAGGAGCCAAUCCGGACGGAGCAGCAAAUGAACCGAGCGGAAUUAGCAUACCAUAGGACCCUUGCGGUCCAGAGCGCCCAAUCUACCACUCCGAGAAUGUUCGGUGGCCAAUUGACCGAACCACCCCCCGUGAUUAGGCCUUCUGCGCAAGAAACUGCAAGAGCUGCGACGCAACCACCCCUGAGCAUCACUCGAGCUUCCACCCAGGUUGAUGGAACGAGUGUGCCCACACCUAGACCACCGCCUCGGCCAGCUGACACCUCCACUCCGGAAACCGCCUUCCCACCAUUGGCGGUUCUUGGGACGCAGGCGGAACCCUCCCCCGGCAUGCGCGGGCCGGUAAUUGACCAUAAUCGGAGAGCGUGAGCUAACCCCUUCCUUUAUCUCCUAGAAUUCAUAAUUAAUGAAAUACAUUCAGUCACCAUGCCGCUGUAAUAGAGCGUGCGGCCAUCCUGCUCCGUCACAAGCAGUCUAAGCUGGACUCCUUCAAGGGACUUGUGAGCUCCUACCACCAGGGCAAAAUCUCUGCAGGAGAACUCGUCGAAUUGGUAUCUACCCAUCCCCGAUCCCCGCUCGUAUCAGUCACUGACAAAAAUAGUUCUGGUCUCUCUUUGACGUCAAAGCCCCGGACCUAGGAAAGCUGAUCAAAGAGCUAGCGGACCUCUACGAAGACGAAGCAAGGAGGCAAGGCCUACUAAAUGCAUGGAAUAACUGGAAGGCAGCUGUAUUAACCCCUGUUACCCCUUCAUCCCUCCUCCUUGAAGCUGACGUCAAUAGAAUGGAGACUACCCCCCCUUCUCCGGCGCCUCCCCCUCCGGCGCCUCUUCCUCCACGCCGACCCAAGCCUCCUCCUCCCGCGUCUUGAAGCUAAAGUCAUCAACCUCCCAUUCAGCCCGUAGUACCACAGCUCGCCAAGGCGCCUGGGGCUCCGCGGCUGCAACUCCUCCCCCUCCCCCUCCAUUACAAUUUCAACCCACCUCCCACGCCCCACCCCUCCCGAGGAACCGCUCUAGCCCCGGUGCGCACGCGCCAACAUCGUGGGUCGCUCCUUCCGGUUCCUCCUCCUCCGCUCUCCCGAGCAACAUAUCCGUGACUAGAAGAGAGGACUUCCCCUCGUUGCCAAUCAAACCCCCACCACCACCUGGUUGGGGACCUAUCAGGAGGCGGGAACGUGGUGCCCUAGCGCCCACGGGUGAUCCUUGGGGGAGGAGUGCUGGGUCUGGAAGUGGAGUUGCAUCUGCAGAGGUUAGUGAUGUGGAGGGGUAUGGCGGGGAUGCUGGGAAUGGAAGUGGGGGUGGGAAGAAGAAGAAGGGGAAGCAGAAGGAGGUCCUUUUUCGGGUUGGUUUGUGA